UGUGCGUGAUAAUUAAAAUGAAAAAACAAUACCGAAAACUAACCGACAAAUCCAUCGUUAAAUUAUGUGAAGUUUGCGGAGAGACGGCUAAUGGAUAUAAUUUUAAUGCCAUUACCUGCGAGAGUUGCAAAUCAUUUUUUAGACGAAAUGCACUGACAGAUAAGGAAUACAAGUGUGCUUUCAAACAGAAUUGUCUCAUAAAUGUGUCGACGAGAAGAUAUUGCCGGAGAUGUCGACUCAAAAAGUGCUUUGAUUUGGGAAUGAAAAAAGAAUGGAUUCUGUCUGAAGAGCAAAGAAUGCGAAGAAAACCACUAAAAAAUAACCGCAAAAACAGGUCAACAAAUGAUAAUGAGAUUAAUUUUAUGACCGAUUCUUCGUGUGAAGAACAAGAGGGCAAUGAAAAUGCGGACAACGAUGUGUUGGACAAAGUGUUUGCAGACAAUAGUAUAAGCGAUGAGGAGAUUAAUACACAAAUCAAGGAAAUCGAGAACUGUAUUGAAGACAACGCAUACGAGAUGUCUGUGAUAUCCGUCGGUCGACCCAUCGAUAACUACAGCACAACUUUCAACGAGUUAGAGGCCAACCGAUUGGGCGAACUGUUGAGCGCCGCAAAC